AUGCAUCUCCUGCGAAAGGUGACGUCGGGAGCAGAGAAGAUGGCGAAGAUGUCUGCGCAGACCUUCAAGAGCCAGAAGUACACCUUCUCAAACAUGCUGGACACGCAGGUUCGGAUACUGUUGGAAGAGGAUGCAGAAGGCAUGCUGCAGGCUGCCAAAGAGGAUCUUGACACCGGCAUCCCUGUGGUUGGGAAGCGCCGAGAGGAGCACGCGCGGAGGAUUCGGGAACAGUACAGGAUGAUCGUUGAGACUACUCGGCCUUUCAUGGAAGUCUCGCUCCUCCCUGAGCAGUUCAAGACUGUCAACAUGCGCUCUCCUAUGGUGCGGCUCACCGUGGGGAUCUGUUUGCCAGAGGGCGUGCUGCUGAUUGUCAUGGUCAAGCAGAAGCUCACGCCAUCUGAGCUGGCCUUUACAAUCAACUCAGGCUACUUGCGCACCCCAACUGCGAAGAAGGUUCGCGCAGACAGCCUUGAGGAGGCUGUGAUCUCCUUUGGCAUGCCAGUCGGCUUUGCGCGCGAAGUGCUUCUGCAAGAGGUCACGCGCAGCGAGGAACUUGGACUGGGCCCGACACCUGGGGCAACGCCCCGGCCUUCAGUUCCCGAUGUACAGGCAGCCUCGCGACGGACUUCGCAACGGCCGACAGAUCCCGCACCCAGUCCCGCUGACCAGGAAUGGAACGCCAUGCUGCAGCAGGCGCAAACUCAGCGAUCUGCACCAAAGCAUGGACCGGGCGCUGAUUCGUCCAGCACCGCAGAUCAGGAAUGGGAAGCCUUUCUGCAGCAGCAGGCGCAGUCCCAACGCUCCAUGCGGAGACCGGCAUCGGGCUGCAACUCGGGUCGCCCGUCCAGCGCAGCCGACCAAGAAUGGGCUGCCAUGCUUCAACAGCAGGGCCGGCAACCCGCGCAGACACCGCGCAGCGCAGCAGACCGGGAGUGGGAAGCUCUGCUAAAACAGCAGGCACCCGCGACUCCAAAUGCUGCUCCCAUCGCUGCUCCUAGCACUGCUGCCUGUCCACAAGAUGAAUGGGAUGCAUUCUUGCAGCAGGAAUUGCACAAGCAAAGGGGGUCUCGCAUGCCACAGGCGGAACCUGCGCAAGUUGCCUCUGCCCAGUCUGGAGUGCCGGGGUCUGGAACAGACCCCAGACAAUUUCCAACUCCAUCGCAGCCGCGACGGCCGUGCUCAGCACAUCAUACUUCCUUUGCAAGGCAGCCGCCGCCUUGGCAGCAAGGUGUUAACAUGGCCGAGAGCCAGGCGCGGGCGGCAGCAUCAGCACCUGAAGCUCAAACUGCUAGGCAUUGCCACCGGUCGACCGGUGAAAAUCCCGCCUUGAAUGGCCAACAUGGCCAGCAUGGCCAGCAUGGCCAGCAAGAUCCCAGGCACCAGUCCCUUCCAUCGCGGAUGCCAUGGCAAGAGGUUGGCACCGAACCAUCGUCUUCCCCGACACUGUCGCCGCACACGAAAUGGCAUAGGCCGUCCCAACCAGGCCCGUCCCAGCCAUGGGACUGGGAGGCGCGACAGAGGCCACCGGCGGCAACCGCGAGGCCCGAGCCAGCAGAGCCUCCUCCACUGCCGGCUCCAGCAAUUCCUCCACCAGGUCCAUCUCCAGGUGUCUGGCCCGGCACUGAGCCGGCGGAGCCUGCUUGGCCGACGGCCUGCGAGGCAAGGAGACCGGAGCCUUCAGGCUGGCACCCGAGGCAGUCUCCCUCGCAG